ACUCUUUAGAUCUCUCUUGAAGAGGGCUGGUAUAUUUGUGCCUGCUGGAGGUGGAAUUAACAGUAAGAAGGAGAAAGAGAUUGAAUGGAUUUACAGGAAGGUUUUCAAGUAAAUUCAGGCAAACACAUUUACUUGAAUAGUAUAACCUUGAGUCUUAUUUUACACUAAGACGAUACAAAAGAUGUUAAAGUUAUCACCAAGCUGCCGGACAAAUAUAUAUUACAACACCAAGGUGCAGAUCAGCAUAGAUCUGUGAUUCAGAAAUCAGGAUUUGUCUUGGAAAGAGCUCAAGGGUUGAGAAGAACUCAAGAGCAAGUGAAGAUCACUUUGGGAACUACAGUUUAUCAGAAGAUCAACUUUCAUUAAUUCAAAUACCAAAGGCCUGAUUACCAUACAUUCAUAUAGGAAUGCAUAGGUCAUCUGAUCAAAUAAUAUUAGCCGUCUUCUGCUACUUUCAUGCAGCAAAAAGUCUUAACAACUGUGGAUAAUUGGAAAUCUGAGUUUCAGCUUUCUUAGAAAUAACUACUCUUGACACAUUCCACACUAUUUAAAAUAGGACAGGAAAAUCAGUGAGGAUGUUGUGUUCAGAAAUGUCACUGUCAUGAAGAAUAGGUAAAUUUGUUUUUCAGCUACUGGAAAAGUGUACCUCCUAGGAACUUAGAUUUUUCUUUUUGUAAAGAAGGACUAAAAAUAUCAACUUUUCCUUUUUGGACAAAAAUGCAUCUGACUGUAUUUUUACUUAGGGGCAUUGUGGGUUUCCUUUGGAGUUGCUGGGUUCUAGUGGGUUAUGCAAAAGGAGGUUUGGGAGACAAUCAUGUUCACUCCAGUUUUAUUUAUAGAAGACUACGGAACCAUGAAAGACGGGAAAUACAGAGGGAAAUUCUCUCUAUUUUGGGUUUGCCUCAUAGACCCAGACCAUUUUCACCUGGAAAACAAGCGUCCUCUGCACCUCUCUUUAUGCUGGACCUAUACAAUGCCAUGGCCAAUGAAGAUAACCCCGAAGAGUCAGAAUAUUCAGUAAGGGCAUCCUUGGCAGGAGACACCAGAGGAACAAGAAAAGGAUACCCAGCCUCUCCCAAUGGGUAUCCUCGUCGCAUACAGUUAUCGCGAACGACUACAACCUUGGCAACCCAGAGUCCUCCUCUAGCCAGCCUACAUGAUACCAACUUUCUGAAUGAUGCUGACAUGGUUAUGAGCUUUGUCAACUUAGUUGAAAGAGACAAGGAUUUCUCUCACCAACGAAGGCAUUACAAAGAAUUUCGAUUUGAUCUUACUCAAAUUCCUCAUGGAGAAGCAGUGACAGCAGCUGAAUUCCGGAUAUACAAGGAUCGGAGCAACAAUCGAUUUGAAAAUGAAACAAUUAAGAUUAGCAUAUAUCAGAUCAUCAAGGAAUACACAAAUAGGGAUGCAGAUCUGUUCCUGUUAGACACAAGAAAGGCCCAAGCUUUAGAUGUGGGUUGGCUUGUCUUUGAUAUCACUGUGACCAGCAAUCAUUGGGUGAUUAAUCCACAGAACAAUUUGGGCUUACAGCUCUGUGCAGAAACAGGGGAUGGACGAAGUAUAAAUGUAAAAUCUGCAGGUCUCGUGGGAAGACAUGGGCCUCAGUCAAAACAACCAUUCAUGGUGGCCUUCUUCAAGGCAAGUGAGGUUCUACUUCGAUCUGUGAGAGCAGCCAACAAACGGAAAAAUCAAAAUCGCAAUAAAUCCACCUCUCAUCAGGACUCCUCCAGAAUGUCCAGUGUUGGAGAUUAUAAUACAAGUGAACAAAAACAGGCCUGUAAGAAGCAUGAACUCUAUGUGAGUUUCCGGGACCUAGGAUGGCAGGAUUGGAUUAUAGCACCCGAAGGAUAUGCUGCAUUUUACUGUGAUGGAGAAUGUUCUUUUCCACUUAAUGCCCAUAUGAAUGCCACCAACCAUGCCAUAGUUCAGACUCUGGUUCAUCUGAUGUUCCCUGACCAUGUACCAAAGCCUUGCUGUGCUCCAACCAAAUUAAAUGCAAUCUCUGUGUUAUAUUUUGAUGACAGCUCCAAUGUCAUUUUGAAAAAAUACAGAAAUAUGGUAGUACGGUCAUGUGGUUGCCACUAAUGAAAUAAGAAUGACAAUAAUGGAAGGAUCUGUAUUAAAGUUUAUGACUGCAAUAAAGCAUACUUUCAGAAAAAAAGGUAAUUUCCUAAAA